CUGCAAGCCUGCAAGAUGCUGGCUGUUCCAGAGCUGGGCCUGCAGGGGCUGUACAUCGGUUCCAGUCCAGAGCGGUCACCAGUACCCAGCCCACCCGGCUCCCCAAGAACCCAGGAAAGCUGCGGCAUCGCCCCCCUCACACCCUCACAGUCUCCCAAGCCGGAACCCCGAGCCCUGCAGCCAGCCCCCUUCUCCGUGGUGGUGGCCAUCGACUUCGGCACCACAUCCAGUGGCUAUGCCUUCAGCUUUGCCAGUGACCCCGAGGCCAUCCACAUGAUGAGGAAAUGGGAGGGUGGGGACCCAGGCGUGGCCCACCAGAAGACCCCGACCUGUUUGCUGCUGACGCCAGAGGGCGCCUUUCACAGCUUCGGCUACACGGCCCGCGAUUACUACCACGACCUGGACCCUGAGGAGGCGCGGGACUGGCUCUACUUCGAGAAGUUUAAGAUGAAGAUCCACAGCGCCACUGAUCUCACCUUGAAGACACAGCUGGAGGCGGUGAACGGAAGGAAGAUGCCUGCCCUGGAGGUGUUCGCCCACGCUCUGCGCUUCUUCAAGGAGCAUGCCCUCCAGGAGCUGCAGGAGCAGUGCCCCUCCUUGCCCAAGAGGGACGCCGUGCGCUGGGUGCUGACCGUGCCUGCCAUCUGGAAGCAGCCAGCCAAGCAAUUCAUGCGAGAGGCCGCCUACCUGGCUGGCUUAGUGUCCCGUGAGGAUGCAGACCAACUCCUCAUUGCCCUGGAGCCCGAGGCUGCCUCUGUCUACUGCCGCAAGCUACGGCUGCACCAGCUCCUGGACCUGAGCAGCCGGACCCCAGGCAGUGGAGGUGGCGGGCGCCUGGGCGAGCGGCGCUCCAUCGACUCCAGCUUCCGGCAGGCCCGUGAGCAGCUGCGGAGGUCCCGCCACAGCCGCACGUUCCUGGUGGAGUCGGGAGUCGGAGAGCUGUGGGCAGAGAUGCAAGCAGGAGACCGCUACGUGGUGGCCGACUGCGGGGGCGGCACCGUGGACCUCACCGUGCACCAGCUGGAGCAGCCGCAUGGCACUCUGAAGGAGCUGUACAAAGCGUCUGGCGGCCCCUACGGCGCGGUGGGCGUGGACCUGGCCUUCGAGCAGCUGCUGUGCCGCAUCUUCGGCGAAGACUUCAUCGCCACCUUCAAACGGCAGCGGCCUGCAGCCUGGGUGGAUCUGACCAUCGCUUUCGAGGCCCGCAAACGCACAGCGGGUCCGCACCGCUCGGGGGCGCUCAACAUCUCGCUGCCCUUCUCUUUCAUUGACUUCUACCGCAAGCAGCGAGGCCACAACGUGGAGACAGCCCUGCGCAGAAGCAGCGUGAACUUCGUGAAGUGGUCCUCACAGGGGAUGCUCCGGAUGUCUUGUGAGGCCAUGAACGAACUCUUCCAGCCCACCGUCAGCGGCAUCAUCCAGCACAUAGAGGCGCUUCUUGCACGACCCGAGGUGCAGGGCGUGAAGCUGCUGUUCCUGGUGGGUGGCUUCGCCGAAUCGGCUGUGUUGCAACAAGCCGUGCAGGCGUCGCUGGGUGCCCGCGGCCUGCGCGUCGUGGUCCCGCACGACGUGGGCCUCACCAUCCUCAAGGGCGCCGUGCUCUUCGGCCAGGCGCCAGGUGUGGUGCGGGUACGCCGCUCGCCGCUGACCUACGGCGUGGGCGUGCUCAACCGCUUCGUGGCCGGGCGCCACCCUCCCGACAAGCUGCUGGUUCGCGACGGCCGCCGCUGGUGCACCGAUGUCUUCGAGCGCUUCGUGGCCGCCGAGCAGUCGGUGGCCCUGGGGGAGGAGGUGCGGCGCAGCUACUGCCCCGCGCGGCCGGGCCAGCGGCGCGUGCUCAUCAAUCUGUACUGCUGCGCGGCAGAGGACGCGAACUUCAUCACCGACCCCGGCGUGCGCAAGUGCGGCGCUCUCAGCCUGGAGCUUGAGCCCGCCGACGAUGGCGCCGGCGCGCCCCCCGGCCGCCGCGAGAUCCGUGCUGCCAUGCAGUUUGGCGACACUGAGAUCAAGGUCACCGCCGUGGAUGUCAGCACCAACCGCUCGGUGCGCGCUGCCAUCGACUUUCUGUCCAACUGAGUGCGUGUCUGGAGGAUCCUGGCCCCAGCGCCAGCCUGCCCUUCCCGGGUCCCGAGGACUGCGGAAUGGGGUGGAGCUAAGGAACUGUAGUCCUUAUCUGUAUCCCCACCAGCCCCAGGAGAGAUGUCUUUGGAGGGCGGGUGGGUCGGAACUAUCCAGAGACUGGCUUUAGGAUUGGGCUCUGGCCCGACCAAGGACUGCGGUGGGCAGGGAGACUGAGGAGAGGUUUCCAAGAGGCCCACGCAGCCCGGCAAGGAGCCUGUGGCCUGGAGACCAACUGGACUCUGGGGCGGGAGAAGCAGGUGGCUUGGGAGGCAGAGAACCAGCAAAGCAGGCUGCUGGAGGCAGGAAGGGAGGCUGUGCA